ACGCGGGGCGGUUACGGGUGCAGCAGCCGCAGCGGCGAUGGCUGCGGAUGGUGAACGCUCCCCGCUGCUGCCAGCCGACCCUGGCGAUGGGAGCAGCCUCGCCUCCGGAGGCCUGCACUGUGAUUCUUUCUCUCUUCCCUUCCAAGGAUUUUCCUCCUUCAGCAGUAUCGAUGGGAGCCAAGCCGCCAUACUGCCCGCUGAAGAUCCCCCGCCGUAUUCCCCAAUGGCGUCACCGGAGAGCGGCAAUGCUCCUAUGAUCACUUGCCGAGUCUGCCAGAGCCCCAUCAACGUGGAGGGAAAGAUGCAUCAGCACGUGGUGAAAUGUAGCGUUUGCAAUGAGGCCACGCCGAUUAAAAAUGCCCCACCUGGUAAGAAGUAUGUCAGAUGCCCUUGCAACUGUCUUUUGAUCUGCAAAGUGACCUCACAGCGCAUCGCUUGUCCGCGGAUAUAUUGUAAAAGGGUCAUAAACUUAGGGCCCGUUCACCCUGGCCCUCCGAGUCCCGAGCCUCAGCCUGUAGGUGUGCGUGUCAAUUGCGGCCACUGCGAAAAUAAUUUCCUGUGGACAGAAUUCACAGAUCGCACUUUAGCCCGAUGCCCGCACUGCCGUAAAGUUUCUUCCAUUGGGCGCCGCUAUCCGAGGAAAAGGUGCUUAUGCUGCCUUCUCUUGGGCAUGCUGAUGGCUGUGACAGCAACGGGGUUGGCGUUUGGUACCUGGAAACAAGCCCAGCAGUACAGGGGUGUCUAUGCUUCCUGGGCUGUGGUGAUUUUCCUGGCUUUGGUUUUCCUUGGCCGAGCGAUGUACUGGGCUUGCAUGAGAGUCAGCCACCCCAUCCAGAAUUUCUCGUGAGCCUCCCCAAGCUCUUCUUGGUUUCCCACCACUGCCCCACCACCUCAUCUCCAAGGACCCUUCUGAUUCCAUUUGAAGUCGGGUCUGCCCUGCCACCUUCUUGCUGUGCUCGCUCCCGGUGUCACCAUCCGAGCAUCUAUGGGACAACCCUGAUAUCUACCAGUCUUCUCCCAUCUCUGUUGCUCUUGAGCCAGGAUUGAUGGCAAAAGAAAGGACAAUUUUGACUCCAAAGGAGCCGAAGGCCCAAUUCUGCCGGGUUCUGCCAUCCCCCGGCGGGAGGGGGAGGGGGAGUUCCUAUGGAUCCUGCAAGUUAACACUAAUCGUCCCCAAAAGAAAAACUUGAAAACGCAAAUGGACGGUUUGGCAUCAAACCGGUGGCGGCUGUUUUGCGAUGACGUUUGGAGAUGGCCCACAGCGGAACCACUUGAGAUAACACUACAGUUCUACAACUUGGCGGCACUUCAGAAGUUGGUGUUUUCAGGACUCUGUUCUUGGCUCCCAUCGGAGGCUGCUUAAAAAAAUUCUUUCCUGGUUGAGAAGGAGGCGCAAAAGAGUCUCCAGGAAUUGCUGCUGUAUUGUUUUUUUUCUCUUUCUUGUUUUUGCCAUCCUGUGGUCGGUAAUGUGGGGGGGCUGCAAGGUUUCGAGGCCGUUUCCACAAUCCUUAAAUGUGAAUGGGGGCCCCGGGGAAUGAGAGAAGGGCCGUUCCAUAAAGGUUAGUAUGUAGGCCCCGGGAUUGGUCCAGAUAUUCAUUUAAUGAAUUUCAGCCCUUACCUCCCACCUGCUUUCUGUGAUCAGUGUGAGAUCCAGGUCUUCCGCUAAAGGGGUUUAGCUUCAUUACGUUUCUGCUUUCGUUUUUCUUAAUCUUUGCACAUUCCUUGAAGGGGCCACUUCCCUGUUUUCUUCUCCCAACGAUCCAAACUGUGUUUUCAGCGGGUGAGAUGAGAGCAGCCUUAGGAACCAUCACGUCUCUCUCUCUCUAAAGAGCCCUUUCAAACCAUGGCUACGGUGUUUAUUGUUUUUGUUCGGAAGGUUGAAGGGAGAACUGCUGGCCAAUACCACCUGCAGUGGAUUUGAGAGAGCUGGAGGGGGGAGCGGGGUGGGGGACAUUUAUUUCAACCUUGACUUGAGGCAUAGAACUAUCCUCUUCCAGAGCCUACUAAAUCAGAUUUCCAUCCUUUCUUUUGUCUUACUAGUUGAUGACGUAGACCGAAGGGGGAGGGAAAUGGUGCAUGGACUCUGUCGUACAGAAGAAAGGAUGCCCUGAGUCAUACAUCAGACAUUCCACCUAGGGAAAUGCCUCAGUCCUGGUUCGAACCUAGCUUGAUUUUUCUCAGCGCCAAGUCCUCUACCCCCGUCUUCUCUCUUGGCCUCAAGAUUUUAAUUCUCCCACCUCCGUGGCAUCGAGCUUAUAGCCCCAAGCCUGUUGCAGCUUGUAUAUAUAAGGAGUAAAAUGUACAUAGACCUAUUUAAGAUAACUUUCCUCCGUGACGGCUGCCUGCUUGCUUGCCUGCCUGUGUACUUGCACCGUAUGUCUCUGUCUUUUUCAGCCAUGAUUGAACAUGUCUGUUUGUCCUUUUCCUUCUCCACAGGCACAACUAGAUGGUUGUAAAUAAAUUAAAAAAGUAACUAUUCCAUGAAUUGGGUGAUUGUAAAUAAAUAAAAGUAGCAAUUCCAUAUCUGACCAAACUGGAGAGGAA